AUGUCAAACCCGAAUUCAAAGGCCCAGGAGAACACUAAGAAAAUCAAUGCAGCUUUAAAAAUUAUCCAAAGUAAACCCGCAGAGACGGAGGGCCCACCGACAAGCUCCGCGCCAUCUGAUCUAACGAUGUACACGUUAGAGAAUGGUACAAGAGUCUCAACCAAAGAAAGGGUAUGUAGUUCAGUGCGACCUGUGGCUCUGGGGCUGCCCAGCGACCAGGAAUUAUUCAGUGAGAGUGGAGUCCCCAACCACGCUUUUCUCAAAGACCAUUUCAAGCGAGAAGGACGGCUUAGUGAGUCACAAGUGCUCAAGAUUCUGCGGAUGGGAACAGAGUGCUUGUCGAAAGAACCGAAUUUGCUGCAUGUUCCUGCUCCUGUCACUGUGUGUGGGGAUAUUCAUGGUCAAUAUUACGAUCUAUUGAAGCUUUUCGAAGUUGGGGGUGAUCCGGAAACUACACCAUACCUCUUUCUCGGAGACUAUGUGGAUCGUGGCUCUUUUUCUAUCGAAUGUUUGCUCUACUUGUACAGUCUGAAAUUAAGUUACAACGAUCAUUUUUGGCUCUUGAGAGGCAAUCACGAAUGCAAGCAUUUAACGUCAUAUUUCACCUUCAAGAGUGAAUGUUUGCAUAAAUACAGUCUCAACGUUUAUGAGGCAUGCUGUCGAUCCUUCAAUGCCCUUCCGCUCGCAGCUGUGAUGAACAACCAAUACUUCUGUGUGCAUGGUGGUAUAUCCCCAGAACUAAAUACCCUUGAGGACAUCGAUAAGUUAAACAGAUUUAGAGAAAUACCUUCCCGCGGUCUCAUGUGCGACCUUAUGUGGGCAGAUCCCACCGAAAAUUAUGAUGAAAAUGCAGACGACCUGUCCGCAGGCACGUUCAUGCCGAAUUCUAUAAGAGGAUGUUCUUUUGCAUUCACUUAUCAUGCUGCGUGUGACUUUUUACAACGAACUGGGCUAUUGUCGAUUAUUAGGGCACACGAAGCACAAGACGCCGGUUACAGGAUGUACAGAAAUACGAAGACACUAGGUUUCCCAAGUUUACUCACUCUUUUCAGCGCACCAAAUUACCUCGAUACCUACAAAAAUAAAGCGGCUGUGUUGAAGUUUUCGAACAACGUUAUGAAUAUAAGACAAUUCAACAUGUCACCACAUCCUUACUGGCUCCCAAACUUUAUGGAUGUUUUCACCUGGUCUCUGCCGUUCGUCGGAGAGAAGGUUACUGAAAUGCUGGUGUCCAUCUUGAACAUUUGUACUGACGAAGAGCUUGAGGAAGAUACAAUUUUGGUCAACGAAGGUGUCGAACUCCCUAAGCAGAACGUCUUGAAGAAGAAUAUGGAUUCGAGCCCUGGGCCACCCCCGGAAAUUAAUUCCACCAUCCUGAAUGAUGAGGCAAAGAGAAAAGCUUUGCGCAAUAAGAUCCUAGCCAUCGCCAAAGUUUCAAGGAUGUAUUCCAUUCUAAGGGACGAAAGUGAGAAGGUAGAAUAUUUGAAAACAAUCAAUGCCGGAACAUUGCCGAGAGGAGCUCUCGCACAUGGUACGGAGGGCUUGGAUGAAGCCCUUACUGCAUUUGAGAAGGCUCGUCGAGAAGAUAUAGUUAACGAAAGAUUGCCUCCCAGGCUAGAAGAAGUUGGAAAGAGGCGGCACGCGUAUUUUGAAAAGAUGGUAAAGGGAAGUGGGGACAGUAAGUUAAAAAAAUAA